AUGAAAAUGCUUUGGAAACUGACGGAUAAUAUCAAGUAUGAGGAAUGUGAGGAGCGCCACGACAGUACCAGCAACGGGACAGCCCGGCUACCCCAGUUGGGGACCGUGGGUCAGUCUCCCUACACCAGCGCCCCGCCGCUCUCCCACACCCCCAACGCCGACUUCCAGCCCCCCUACUUCCCCCCCCCUUACCAGCCCAUCUACCCCCAGUCUCAGGACCCCUACUCCCACGUGAACGACCCCUACAGCCUCAACCCCCUCCAUGCCCAGCCGCAGCCCCAGCACCCAGGAUGGCCGGGACAGAGGCAGAGCCAGGAGACGGGGCUCCUCCACACGCACCGGGGUUUGCCCCACCAGCUCUCGGGGCUCGACCCACGCAGGGACUACCGGCGGCACGACGACCUGCUGCACGCCCCGCACGGGCUGGGCUCGGGGCUGGCCGACCUGCCCCUCCACUCCAUCCCCCACGCCAUCGAGGACGUGCCGCACGUAGAAGACCCCGGUAUUAACAUCCCAGAUCAAACUGUAAUUAAGAAAGGCCCCGUGUCCCUCUCCAAGUCUAACAACAACGCCGUCUCCUCCAUCCCCAUCAACAAGGACACGCUCUUCGGCGGGGUGGUGAACCCCAACGAGGUCUUCUGCUCGGUGCCGGGCCGCCUCUCGCUGCUCAGCUCCACCUCCAAGUACAAGGUCACGGUGGCGGAAGUGCAGAGACGCCUCUCGCCGCCCGAGUGCCUCAACGCCUCCCUGCUGGGCGGAGUGCUCCGGAGGGCGAAGUCUAAAAACGGCGGGCGAUCUCUGAGGGAGAAACUGGACAAAAUAGGAUUAAACCUGCCAGCUGGGAGGCGUAAAGCUGCUAACGUUACCUUGCUCACGUCGCUCGUGGAGGGAGAAGCAGUGCAUCUAGCUAGAGAUUUUGGGUACGUUUGUGAGACAGAAUUUCCUGCCAAAGCAGUAGCUGAAUUUCUCAACCGACAACAUUCCGAUCCAAACGAGCAAGUCACAAGAAAAAACAUGCUUCUAGCUACAAAACAGAUCUGUAAAGAGUUCACCGACCUGCUGGCUCAGGACCGAUCUCCCCUGGGGAACUCGCGGCCCAACCCCAUUUUGGAGCCGGGCAUCCAGAGCUGCCUGACCCACUUCAACCUCAUCUCGCACGGCUUCGGGAGCCCGGCGGUGUGCGCUGCCGUCACCGCCCUGCAGAACUAUCUCACCGAGGCGCUCAAGGCCAUGGACAAAAUGUACCUCAGCAACAAUCCCAACAGCCACACAGACAACAGCACCAAAAGCGGCGACAAAGAGGAGAAGCACCGAAAGUGAGGAUAUCCAUCCCCCCCCCCCCCCCCCCCCCGCCCAACACACACACGCUCCUCUCCCUUCCCCCUCAUAGCCCAUCGAUCCAUUCAUCUCCCUCCUCCCUCUCCCCUGCACCCAGCACCCCAGGCUACAGCAACAGAAUGAGCGUCCUUCUGCCAAUCCUGUUCUCCGACUCCGCAGGACUGCGCUGCCCUCUCCCCACACCCCUUCCCAGCAUCCACAUUUCCAUUUGCUCCCUCUUAAAUUCCCCCCUUCUCUCCCCACUGCCACCAUCGUUUUACCCCGGUUUGGAGCCUAAGAGAACAGAACAGGGGGACGGAGCCAGCAAAGAAAAAAAAGUUCUGUCUUGAGUUUGUGAACUUUUUUUUAAAAUAAAACAAAAGGAGGAAAAAAAAAACCCACAAAAAAAACCACAAAAAAGAAAAGGACUUUUUUUUUCUAAAAAUAUAUUAAAAAAUUAAAAAAAAACCAAAAAGAAAUAAAUAAUACUUUAAAAAUUCUAUGAGCUUCACCGGACUGAAUCACCACCUUCCCUUACAUAAACUUCAGUUAAGAUUGUAGCCAUAUUAAAACCGAAAAAAAGCGAAAGAGGUACCACAGCAGCAGCAACAGCAAACAAACAAAAGGCAAAAAGGACUGAUGACAUUUUAUCAGUAUUGUGAAUAAACUUGAACACAAAACACAAGCAGUUCCAUGUCAUAUCUUCAGUUGUAGAACUUUUUCCUGUCCAAGGUAAAGCGACCAACUUGAACUUUCUAUUGCAACACGAUUCACGGUUAUUAUAUAAGGGAAUCAGUGUUCAUGUAUGUAUAUAUUUAUUUAUGUGUAAUUUAAUGGGAAUUGUAAAUAUGGUGAGUCUGUUUUAAGCCUUUUUUUAUUUAUCUGGUGAUCUCGUUUACCUCUUGUUUAGUGGGUUUUAAAUCUUCCCCUCUUAGUUCAUCAUGUGGUUCAUGGUACUUAUUUAGAUAUCAGAGGUUUUUUGGGGGUUUUUCUCUGGGAUUCAUCAUUUUUAGCCCUGUUGUAGCAUGUUAAAGGCGACAAUGAAGCAGCUGAACAAAUAAAAAACCAUGAAUUUUUAUAUAUAAUUAGUAUGACAUUUAGUUUCUUGUUGAAGAUAAAGUGAUGUUGGACCCUGGCAAGGUUUUAAAACAUGUUAGUGGUUUUACAACCCUUAUGUGUUGUG